AUGAGUGAUCCUACAUUGCUGGAUGAAAAAAAUAAAAGUUUUACAAAUUCAUCUCCACCACCUGUUCCGGUACCAAAACUUUUGGGAUCAAAAAGAUUAACACUAGCAAUAUUAUUAUUCUUCGCCUGUGCCAUAUCAUAUUCACAUCGAUCUGAUCUUAGUCUUGGAAUUGUUUGUAUGGUAAAUCAUACAGCAAUUGAAUUGAAUGCUAAAAAUGUACCAAAUUUUAAUGAAACAACAGAGGUAAUUUCUCAAAAAAAGAUCUCAAAAUGUGGUGGAGAUAUUGUAAAAGAGAAAGGUGCUGAUGGACCAUUUGUAUGGGAUAAACCACAACAAGGAAAUGCAUUAGGAAGUUUUUUUUAUGGAUAUUUAUGUUCACAGAUUGUUGGUGGUAUGCUUGCUCAAAAAUUUGGUGGAAAAAUUGUUAUUGGUGUUGCUGUUUUUGUUAGUUCUUUUUUAACUAUUUUUACUCCACCAGCAGCACAGUUAAGUUUAUAUGCAUUAAUAGUUGUUAGAGCUAUUCUUGGUUUUUCACAAGGUGUUGUAAUGCCUUCAAUUCAUACUUUAUGGUCUUUUUGGGCUCCUGAAAAAGAAAGAUCAAUACUUGUUGGAAUUACUUUUGCUGGAUUACAAGUUGGAAAUUUAGUUAGUAUUUCAAUUUCUUCUGUUCUCUGUGCAAGUGGAAUUUUAGGUGGAUGGCCAUCAAUAUUUUAUCUAUUUGGUGUUCUUGGUUUUAUUUGGUGUGGAUUAUGGUUUUGGUUAGCAUCUAGUAAUCCAAAUGAUUCUAAUGGUAUGGAUGAUGCUGAAAAAGACUACCUCCUAGAACAUAUUAGAAGUGCAAUGGGAAAAAGUGGUAAACCACCACCAAUGCCAUGGGGAAAAGCUUUACUCUCUCCACCUGUAUGGGCUAUAUAUUUUGGACAUUUUGCUGCUGAUUUUGGAAGUUAUCUUAUGAUGGGAGUUAUGCCAACCCUGAUGAAUGAACUUUUUUCAUUACCUAGAGAAAGUUUAGGUGUCAUAUCAGCUUUACCAUUUUUUGCCUUCUUCUUAGUAAUUCAAUUUGGUGGAUUUUUAGUUGAUAAUAUAAUUAAUAAGAAAAUUUUAUCUCUUAUUAAUACCCGUCGUCUAUUUAUGUUAAUAGCUUUAGUUUUACAAGGAGCACUUUUAGUUAUUGCCGGAUAUUUAGAUUGUAAUCAAACAAUUCCAGCAAUCCUUUUAAUAACAAUGGCAGUUGGUCUUUCUGGUUUUCAAUUUUCAUCAUUUGUUGUUAGUUACCUUGAUGUUGCACCUGCUUUUGCUGGAGCUUUACUUGGUGUUGGUAAUACUAUUUCAAGUUUCUCAGGAAUUCUUGGACCAAUGUUAAUGGGUAUCAUGACACCAACUGGUAGUAGAGAAGAAUGGCAAUCAUUUUUCUGGGUUACUUUUGGUAUCCUUACUACUGGAGCUAUAAUAUAUGCUAUAUUUAUUAGAGGUGAUGUUCAAAGUUGGGCUAAAAGUGGAGGAAAUAAAGAUACUAUACUUGAGGCACCACAAGAAGGAGAUGUAUUAUUACAAGAUAUUAAAAAAGAACGAUCAGAUGCAUAG